AUGGAUCUCAAGACCGCAUUAAUGACUCGCAGCGACUGGAUUAAAGCAAACUGUGCUGAAUGGAGCUCUCCUCAAACGGAAACUACGCAACCCAAGGAGUCGAACCACGGAAAUAAUGGAACUCUGGUUGAUUCUGAAGAAAUGAGCAAUGAGGAGUAUUUGAAGAAGUGCAAUAUGCCAAUUUUCGCGAUUCACCCCAAAACGAUUAUUCAAACUGAUGAUGAUAUCAUCGCCCUGAAAGGGAACUUAUUAGAUAGUGUCAAACCCAGAGGAAUGUUCCUCCUUCUCGCGCGUCGUACCCUCGAGGAGCUGAUGAAGAACGUUGUGCUGAACGGGAAGACAAAAGAGGAAUAUAUCAGCGAGAUUAAGCAAAAGAUGCAUUUUUGUCAAAAGUUUGUCAGCUAUCAGAAGGAGCCCACAGACGAAAGUCGAACCAAAUAUUGUGAUUUCUGCUAUUGUCUUGUCAAGAAGCAGUGCUUCCGAAUCGGAAUGGAGCCGCCAUCCGCGAAUUCGUUUGGACCAUGGUCGACUCAUGAUCUCCACAUUCGAAUUGAUGGCACUUCUCUCACAAUGUGUCCACUUCUUCGCUGCCAAGUUUGCGCGGUGUGCAAGGCAACUGGACGCUCGGCACAUACUCGGGACCACUGCCCAGUUGUCGGACCGUCAAAAACGAAUUAG